AUGGAAAGAGACCAUGAGAGCAGAUCGCCAGAUCUACGGGUGCUUCUUACAAGAGUUUUGGAUCAUCUUGGGUACAAUCAGAGCUGGGGCACAUUUCUGCCUCCCCGUGUCGGGGGACGGGGACACAUCGACGCUGCCGCAUGCAAGCUGGUGACCGCCUACAACCGCAAGUAUUGUCAGAGUUCGGCCUCCCAAGCAGUCUCAUAUGAGCCAAGCUACUACAAAACGAACGAUACUGCAGCAUCCGCGGAUGAGAGGCUUGUAGUUCAAGCUUUGCAGGCUAUCACAGACGCUAUCCAAGCUGAAUCAGACACUGCUGCGAGUCGUAACGCGCAGGAUCUCGCGGAGGCCGUCAUUUCAAGGCCCCUGCUCCUGCGAUGCGACGACUUUUCCUGUGCAAUACUAUUCACCCUUCUCGAUCAAAGCUUCAAAAUUCCUUGCGCAAAGGGUUUACCCUCACCAUUUGAAGAUCCAGCGUUCUUCUACCUUCAACCAGUGUAG